CGCGACUCUUCAAGCCUGACCCAAGACUCCUCUUGUCCCCAGUUGGCAUGGCCUUUCAGCCCAAUACCGUACAGAAGAGUCUCUAGCGUCCUUCUGUCUUUGCGCCCAGCCCAACACGCCAGUGUUUUGUCAAGUGUUGUUUACAGUCCUGUCUUCAUCAUCGUUUUUCAGGGUAGGGGUACAGCUAGCCAUAGCAGCUGCCUACAAGGAAGACGCUGCACAGUACGGGCAGGGGGGAGGCCAGAAGGUCGAUCUUUUCCUGCUUCACACUGACAAGCGCUGGAACAAACCUCCAUCCAGUCCACCACCACCACCAAGCUUCGGUCGGCCCUUCGCAACAGUUGCAACCUACUCGGGUCAUCAGGCCACGCCCACUAAGAGUUGUCGCAUUUAGUUUGGCACCUCAUCAUAUCUGAUCAUCCGGCCUUUUCGUCUUUCUUAUAAGUACCUACCUAACGAACCUCAUCCCGUCCACCGUCGCGGCCGCCAGUUCGAGUCUGGAGGAAAUCCGAUCAUGAGCUCUUCCUUCUCCAUUGCUUGGUGCAACUGUCGUGCCGUACCAUCUACCCAUCUCGCCUCACUGCUCAACGAGUCACACUGAUCCAGACUCAACAUCCUUUUCCUAGCUUACAUAGUUGUCGCCAACUCCUGCGCUGCGACAGAUACUCGCCAAACACCUAUCUAUCUCUACCUUCGGCUGCCGCUGAACACUUCAAGGUCGGAUCCUUCAAAGGACGGACGGAAUCAGCAUCCUCAACACCACAACCCUACGUGCAUCGCUUGACCCUGGUACACUGCCUAGCACCAGAGAACAAAAACCCCUCCCGGAAAAAAAUAACAAAAAAAAAUAGAGAAAGCACCAUUGCUGUUGAUCACCGUCCACCGGCAUUGCUAUCCACACGCAACCCCUCACUAUGGGUCCUCCCUCCCAGGCGGGCGACGAAGACCGUCCCGAUCCGUCCCCCACCAACACGCGCCGAAAUUCGCGCCUGGAUCUCAUCAACACCACCGAAACCCGACAUGAUGAUGCCGGCAUGAACCCUCCGGAUACCAGCUAUCACUCCACCGACAUUGUGCGGAGGUUGCCAGACCCUAUGGGCCCUGCUGGUGCCGCCAACAUGGCCAAUGCGGAGGGUGCGCCUUCUAUCACUGCCUCCGAACGUGAACGUACCGUUUCCCGCGCUUCCCAGACCGGUAUCCCACGUUCGCCCAUGGUAGGUCCCGAUCGCGGACGACCACGACCUCGCAAGCCCCCAAUGGCGCGACGCACUUCGUCCAAUGCCCAAGCCCCCCACCGCGGCGAGGUCUUCUCCGUCGAUGACGACAUAACCGAAGUCGAGGCUGAUGCUGCUGAGCGCCAGAAGAGCUACAGUGGCUCUACAGCCCGCAGGCGAAACCUACUUCCUGCUCCCUUAUCCCGAGUACACUCGAUUUUAGAUGAGGACGGAGCAAACGAUAGCCGGGAUCGGGAUACUCCGGACGUCAUUGAAGAAGUCGACACCCCAGGCCAGGAAGGGGACCUCAACUUGCCUCCUCCAGCCGAAGAAGACAGUGCCGAGGGUGAGACCCCGGUUGAGGAUGAUGAUGGCGACAUCAGUGAUGCCGAAAGCUUCACGCUGAAGGACCGUCAGCAGGCAAUCAACGAAACACAUCCUUUUGGCAUCAGGCUAUGGAAACCGGCCCUGUACAAAAAGCACCGAUCGGUCCAAAAGACGGCCGAGGGAGAUAUCCACUCGUCCCCUGGAGGACAUGUCAGUCGAUGGCUGCUGUUCUUCAACAUCAUGUGGACCUUGGCCUUUGGCUGGUGGAUGUCUCUCAUUGCUUACACGGGUGCCAUUGUCUGCUUCGUCUUUGCUGCUGCUCCUAGUGGUCGAGAGUACGGACGAGUCCUCUGGGGACUUGCUGGUUACCUGUUCUAUCCAUUCGGCAAGUUCAUCCGCUUGGAGCAGCAGGAUGGCUAUCUGGACGAGGAUCAGGACGAAGGCAGAAGCAUCAGCGAGUACGAGCAGUGGCAGAGCGGUGACCUCGAGGAUGGCCGCCUAUUCUUUGGCCCUGAGCGAGACCGAUCGAUUAUUGGCCACUCUCGCCGGAGUCUGGACUCGGAACCCGACGAGACGGAGAGCCUGCUCGGCCGCGGUCGUGGCCACGGUUCCGAUUCCGACCUUCCUCGUAUGAAAAGAAGACUGUUCGGCCGUGGCCAAUGGAAUGUCGGGCGAGUCAUCUACUUCCUUUUCUUCUACACCAUGAUCAUGCCCUCGCUCUUCAUUGUGUCCGCAAUCUGUUGGUUUUUGGUCUUCUGGAUCCCCAUGGGCAAGGUUACCAUGCUUCUCAUCGACCAUCUUCGACGCCAUCCGCUGGCUCUGUGGUUCGAAUCCGACAUCUCGACCGCCCGGGCCUCCACCACGCCGCAUUCUUCCAUCCUCAUUUGCACGUAUCGUGCUGUCGGUAUAAAGUACUGGAAGUAUACCAUCGACGGAACCAACAUAUUCCUGGUCAACAUGAUGGCUAUCGUCAUAUUUGUCAUCUUUGACUGGAUUGUCCUCGAAGGGGUUUUGGAGAUCCACAACUUCUUUACCUCGCCUGCCUUUUUGUUCGUCACUGGCCUCUUGUCCAUCAUCCCUCUUGCCUACUUCAUUGGUCAAGCUGUUGCUUCCAUCUCCGCACAGUCGUCGAUGGGUUUCGGUGCUGCCAUCAAUGCAUUCUUCUCUACCAUUGUGGAGGUCUUCCUCUACUGCGUUGCUCUGCAGCAAGGUAAAGCACAACUGGUCGAAGGAAGCAUUAUGGGCAGUAUCUUCGCCGGUAUUCUUUUCCUUCCGGGUAUCUCAAUGUGCUGCGGCGCCAUCAAGCGCAAGACACAACGCUUCAACGCCAAGUCAGCCGGCGUAACAUCGACCAUGCUGCUAUUCGCCGUUAUUGGCGCCUUUGGUCCGACUUUGUUCUACCAGAUUUACGGAACCCACGAGCUUACCUGCCAGGACUGUCUUUACUUUGAUCAUCCCAGAGGCUCAGUGAGAGAUUGCCGUCGCUGUUACUUCUCUCAGACCCCUGCUAUGAAUGAUCGAUUUUACCUGGAGGCAGUCCGUCCCUACUGCUACAUUGCUGCUGGCAUGCUGUUCUUAUCAUAUAUCAUUGGUCUUUGGUUCACGCUUCGCACCCAUGCCGCCGUUAUUUGGAAUACCGAGGCGGAUGAGAAGAAGCAUGAGGAGAAUACAGCCCGUAACAGUGCCCGACCUUCUGCGGUACAUACCUCACUCGGUGACACCACGGGUGCUGAUGUUCGUGAUUCGCAUCUCUACAAGCGCAUUCUCGGCCAAUCCCUCCGCCAAGUCGGUCACCAGGGUCCCUCGGACGAGCCGCAACGGCCAGGUUCGUCUGUCUCGGGAGGGGCCAAGGCUAACGGCACUCCCCAUAUGGUCCCUCCCAAAUCGACUGGAUACGGUGCCACCGACAGUCAACAUUCAUCCACCAUUCUUAACAUACCCGGCUUCUCUGAUGCUGAGAAUAACAAUCUCGUGCACCAGGUCGCUGAAAUUGCAGCUACUGCCGCCACCGUGGCAGCCAGAAACUAUUCCAGCCAAAGACGUGCCUCGCACCUCGGAGGCUCUUCGAGCACAGGUCAACAACAGUCGGCCCCGGGAAGCCGCCGUGGCUUGAUCCGUACCGCAACUUUCCCGGAUGCCGAUGAGGCUGGCGGCGAGUCUACUACUGCUGCACACUCAGGAGGUGGUCACGAUGCACCCAAUUGGAGCCGGCUCAAGAGUUCUAUCAUUCUCAUGGGAGCUACCGUUCUCUACGCUGUCAUUGCCGAGAUCCUGGUGGACACUGUGGAUGUGGUUCUUGAAAGCUUUGAAAUCGACGAGAAGUUUCUCGGCAUUACGCUGUUCGCCCUUGUUCCCAACACCACUGAGUUCUUGAACGCCAUCUCCUUUGCUAUGAAUGGUAACAUUGCGCUCUCCAUGGAAAUUGGUUCAGCCUAUGCCCUGCAAGUCUGCCUGUUACAAAUCCCGGCACUCGUGCUAUUCUCCGCCAUCUAUCCUCCGGAUGUACCGGUCGCAGAUAUGGCACGCUAUACUUUUAGCCUCCUCUUCCCACAAUGGGAUAUGGUCACUGUCAUCCUGUGUGUCUUCCUUUUGAGCUACAUGUACGGCGAGGGGAAGAGUAACUACUUCAAGGGCAGUAUCUUGCUUUUGAGUUACCUUGUCGUUGUUAUUGGCUACUACUUCAGCGGCUACAGUACCGGACUCGAGAAAUCCAACUCUGGCAUCAGCCGCUUCGACACCCUUGGUGAUGACGGGCAGUACAUGAGCUACGGCUUUAAGACUGUUGGACGAGGUACUAGUGGUGUCGCUUACUGAACGACCCCGGGACACUGAGUCUCUAUUUUGUUUUCAUUUCACUAUCAAAACACCUCGGAGCGCAUUGUCCGCGCACGGUUGAGAUUAGUACUGCUCAAAAGUUUUGGGAGCAGUCUGUGGGCAAGAAUGACUGUAUAACGAAGCCCACAGACCGUUUUGUUUAUUCUAUAAAUUCGAUGUUUCUGCUCAUUCAAGGGUCAAAAUUUCUAGGGUGUUAAACGGCAUUGUAGGUUAUCAUCAGCUUUUUUUUUUCUCUUUUUCUCUUUGCCUUGCUACAAAAGCAAUGACUCUUAAACUUCGUUUGGUUGCGUUUCUUCAUGUAGCAUAUGUUCAAAAUUGCCUUCCCAUCAGCAUGUGGGAUUUCCUUGGGGCGAGCUCGAUGGCGUACAACAUGAUUCGCAGAAAGUUUGGAGACAAACAGGACUAAGGAGAGCGUUGUUGUGUGUGAUUAUGAUACGAGACAUCAUGUGGUGGAUCAAGUCAUCAACGGAUGAGAGAGAAUACACUUAUAUUUGCAUAUCAUCCUCUUGCUUUCAUUCCUGAGUUUGCCAUGCGCUGGGCCUGGACUGUGGUUGGUUUUGGCGAAUACGCCGAUAUCGUCACCCAGGGGUCAAGUGGUUCUUUUCACUAACCGAUGAUGUACAGAAUGUAAGAAGAAAAAGGUCGACCACCACUGACACCCUAGAGCGGAGUGCAUGCUGGGAUCAACGUUUUGACAGUUUAGGCAGAAUCCACAACCUACUAUAUACCGAAAUGCUGUUUCGCGGCAUUAGGUCAGGCGGCCAGCAUUGCAGGGUGGCACUGGUGGUCAGACGUCUUUUAAUGAACCCG